UUUGUUUUGAAGGAACCUUGUGAUGAAGGAAGCAGUACCAAAGAGACCCAGCAAGACGAGAUUGACUCUGUCCACUUCUAGUGGAAAUUUGACUGAGGGGAUUGUGCAGGCCAAUUUUGAAGAAUUCCACUUGGACUUUCCACCAGCUGCCUCACCAUCCUCAACAUCUUCUUCUGGUUCAGACUACCAUUCAACUACCUCAGGGGGAUCGUCAUCCAGAAGACCAGGGACUCCGCACCAGGUUCGCGACGGCGCAGAAACGUCGGGCUGCGAAACUGAUGACGACGCCAGCACCAAGUCUGCACCAGCAUCAGGAUCAGCAGCAGGAGCAGGAGGAUCUUCUGACACGACUGCCAACAAACUGGUGCACUUUUCAGGCAGCUACGAAAAGUUCCUCGAGGCCACGGGCCUGAGUCAAAAGUCCAUCAUCGUGCAUCGACCCACGCCCAACAACAACCACAGGUCCGUGGUGAAGCCCAAAGACGUCAAGAACCGGAGCAAGCUCAACAAGUUGUCCGUCUUCCACGACAAUCACAACCAGGGUCUGCUGGACCAGCAACCCGUCACGGGACUCGUCAAGUAUUGGACGGAACCCUAUUUGUGACCCCGUGCUUUUUCUGUGUAUGUGUGUGUGUGUUUGUUUGUGUGUGUGUGUGUCUGAUCUAUUUUUUUUUUAAACUCUUUCCGAUUUGGAUUUCGUUGACAAUUUGCCUUUAUAUUAUUUAUUUGUUUAUUUUGCUCUGCUUCUCUCUCUCUAUUUUUUUGUUUUGUUUUAGCUGGAUGUUGAGGGGAGCAUUUCAAAGGCAGAAUGAUGAUCUUGUCUUAAUCAGUUGUAGUUUCGGUUGAUUUAAUUUUUAAUUUUGCGUUUCUACUUCUGAUUAGUACUGUAUUGGGUUUCAACUGUUUUAGACUACAUUAUAUUGUGGGGAAUUUUUACUAAAAUUUUUAAAAUUUAUUUUAAAGCUCGGAUCCCAAAAUUUUCGAUAGCUGAAUAAGGAAAUUUUUAAAAAUUUUGGCGUUGGUUCAUAUUUUUUUAGCAGUUGAGGUUUUUUUUUAGCAUUUUUCUUGGGUCUCAAGAAUUUUUCUAUUGUUUGCGCAAUGAUUUGUUCACUGCAUAUUCAAAUAAUUUCGCUAUAAGUUAUUUUAUUUUGAAUUGACUGCCAGAUUUUUUUUUACUGAAAGGGAGCCUUUGGAAGCUGCCAAAAUGUUCUUCGAUUUUUUUUUGCGUAGUGCAAACCGUUGUUUUUAUGGAAAGCUGAUGCAAAACCGAAUGAAGCAAAAAGCCAGUCGAACAAAGUUUCUCCAGAUUUCUGUCAUUAUUUGAGUAUCAUCAACUGCUAUUUUCUCGUGAUGAUCCUGCAGAUAUGAAUUGACGUAUAAAUUAUGACAAAUAGAGUAAUGCGAUGUUGUAGACUUUUUCAAGGAAUUUUGCUGAUGAUUUUACAUUCGUUUUUUUUAUUUAAUUUUGCCUUUGAAAUGCGCCUUGCGUUUUAUUAUUUUGAAGUUUAAAUUUCGACAAUGGAUUACGGGUUGUAUUUUCAUUUUGACGUGUAUUUUCUCGCUUUCAAAUUUGUUUGCUGUUUUGCACGACUGCGAUUCAACCACCGACGAAACCUCCGGACUUACUUUUUUAACUUCGAAGAAAAAAUCCCUCGUUUGAUUUCUUUUUCAGCAGAAAAUACGAAAUUUGCUUCUGUUUCUUGACAGUUUUCAUGCGGUAUUUUUGAAAAUCUGAAAGCGAAAAUUUCUUUUGAUUGGAUGAAUGACGAGGGGCUUGGAAGCAAUUGAACGCGAAAGGAUAUUUUUUGGUGGUUUCCAAUGAUACCAGUGCACCUCAGCUUGUCAUCAGCGUAUGCGUUGUUUUUUUUUUUCUGUGACAGGGUGCUGCUGUUCAUUCAAGUGAAACGAAAAAUGAAAAGAUUGAUUUUUGACUACGA